AAUUCCGCCGUUGAAAACCACAAAAGCAUCUGCUGCUGCGGCUUCGGUGAUUCAAUGGCGACGGCGACGACGGUGAAUGUCAAACUUUCUCGAUCAAAUCGUAUCUAUCGCUCUUCCGAACCAGUGGAAGGCAAAAUUGUGAUAAAAUCUGCUACUUCGAUUUCGCAUCAAGCAAUACGUUUAUCCGUCAAUGGAUCAGUGAACUUGCAGGUUCGUGGAGGAUCAGCUGGAGUUAUUGAGUCCUUCUAUGGUGUCAUCAAGCCUAUUCAAAUUGUUAAAAAGACGAUCGAAGUUAAAUCUUCUGGCAAAAUCCCUCCGGGAACUACAGAGAUACCAUUCUCUUUGAAUCUGAGGGAGCCUGGGGAAAGCAUUGUAGAAAAGUUUUAUGAGACAUUUCAUGGAACAAAUAUCAACAUCCAAUAUCUACUAACUGCAGAUAUACCGCGAGGAUACUUGCACAAACCUUUAUCUGCAACAAUGGAGUUUAUUAUUGAAAGCGGUAGAGUUGAUCUUCCCGAGCGGCCAAUUCCUCCAGAGAUGGUAAUCUUUUACAUCACUCAAGACACUCAGAGACAUCCAUUGCUACCCGAGAUUAAGACAGGUGGUUUCCGAGUUACCGGAAAAUUAGCCACCCAAUGCUCUUUGCAGGAUCCACUCAGUGGCGAGUUAACAGUGGAAGCAUCUUCAGUUCCUAUUACUUCUAUCGACAUUCACUUACUUCGUGUCGAGUCGAUAAUUGUGGGGGAAAGGAUUGUCACUGAGACCUCUUUGAUUCAGUCUACACAGAUUGGGGAUGGUGAUGUGUGCCAUAACAUGACUCUACCCAUUUACGUUUUACUUCCUCGGCUUCUGAUGUGUCCUUCCGUUUUCGCAGGUCCCUUCUCAGUGGAAUUCAAGGUAUGCAUCACCAUAAGUUUCAAAUCGAAGCUAGCCAAAGCACAACCAAAGUCUGAUCCUACAGCUCCAAGACUAUGGAUGGCACUGGAGAGAUUACCGCUGGAACUUGUCCGGACAAAGCGAGAUCAGUUCAGCUGCUAAAGAACAGGCUAACAUAUAAGAUCAACACAUGUUUCUUUGUUUGUCAUAUGCAUACACUUGGCCUUGGAGUCGUAUGCUUCCUAGCUUGACCUGCCUGCCUAAUUUAAGC